AUGAGCUCCGUUGCGUCGAGCGGCUUCGCGACAGCGACGCCAGAGUCCUGGUACGAUGACUGGCAGCCCAUCCUCAACGACACAAGAUUCCAGCUGGCGAGCGCUGUAGUCUUGGCGCCUGCCGUUGCUGUUCUCCUCUGGUUCAUCGUCGCCUACCAGACUUCGCCCUUGAAGAAGUACCCGGGCCCAUUUCUGGCUGGAUUCACCAAUCUCUGGCGACUGCGUCAGGCCAUCUCGGCCGAUUAUGCUCCUCGCAUGAAGAGACUCCACGAGAAGCACGGUCCUGUUGUCCGCAUCGGCCCCAACCUGCUCGACAUUGACUACCCCGAGCUGUCCCGCACCGUCUACAACACGGAUGGAAAAUGGAAGAAGACAGACUUCUACAAGAACAGCAGCUCCAUCAUCAAUGGAAAGAUUACGUAUCACAUGUUUAGCGAGGUCGACCAGGUCGAGCAUGCCCGUCUCAAGCGUCCCGUCGUCCGUCACUACUCGGUGCCGAGCGUGCGGGCCAUGGAGCCUCACAUGGACGCCGUGAUCCAAGAAUUCAUCGACCAUCUUCAGGCACGCUUCGUCGACACACGCGCCGAGUGCCCGCUCGGAGAAUGGCUUGCCUACUAUGCCUGGGACUUUCUCGGCGCUGUCACCUUUAGCCAAAAGUUUGGAUAUAUGGAGGCCGGCAAGGAUUUUGACGGCACCCUCAGCGUGGCCGAUCAGUCCAUUGACUAUCUCGGCAUGUGUGGGCAGAUGCCGUGGCUCGACCACGUCCUCGACAAGAACCCCGUGUACCCCCUCGGUCCUCCAAACAUCUCCAACGUCACGCGCAUUGCCGUGGAGAACAUGACGGCUCGUCUCAAGGGCGAGGACAAGAACUUUGCCGAGGAGAAGCCCGACUUUCUGCAGUACUUUAUUGAGUCCAAGGAUACCCACCCCGACGUUGUCAAUGAGGGCACCAUCAUUGGAUACCUCUUGCUGAACUUAAUCGCUGGAGCCGACACGACAGCCAUCACCCUCAAGGCCCUGUUCUACUACUGCCUCAAGGAUCAGCAGGUCUACAACAAGCUGCAGGACGAGGUGCGCGCUCGCUUCGAACCGAACAAGCCCGUCCCCAUGUCCGAAGCCCGACAAUGUCUCUAUCUCGAGGCGGUUGUCAACGAAACGUUGCGUUUCCACCCUCCCGUAUCCAUGUGCAUGGAGCGCAUCGUGCCCGAGGGGGGUCUCGCCCUCCCCGACGGCUCAGUCGUCCCAGAGGGCUCGUGCGUUGGCAUGAACCCGUACAUUGUCGGACGCAACAAGGGCAUGUUCGGGCAGGACGCGGACACCUUCCGCCCGGACCGCUGGCUGCAGCAGGACGGCGAGACGGAGGAGCAGCACAAGGAGAGGAUGCAGCGCUGGGGCACGGCGCAGCUGCAGUUUGGCGGCGGGUCGAGGAUUUGCCUGGGUCGGAACAUGAGCAUCAUGGAGGUCUACAAGGUUGUGCCCACGCUGCUCGCCACGUUUGACAUUGCCCUUACCGACCCCAACGAGGUCUGGUGGACGAGCUCGCGGUGGUUCUACCGCACAAAGGGCAUCAAGACUACCAUCAGGCCGCGAAAGUGA